AAAAAAAGCGAUUUGUUGUUUUGAUAGCAUGUGAGCCCUGGAUGCUUGAAAACAAGUGAAAGAUAUUCAGAAUCUAAUCAAAUUAUAUCAUCUGAUGCUUUAAUUAGAGCCUAUUCUCUCUUCCUCUCCGUCUAUAUAUGUAUGUAUAUAGAUUACUAUCCACUACUGUUUUAAUGGAUAUCUUAUUGGAAGGGCUACAUAGUCACUAUUUCAAAAUAUAUGAACUCCGCGUAACACCUAUGGCAAAACAUUUCAGCACUCAGGUAAAAUUCAUUUUUUGCCACAAAAUUACUUAAAAACAGGCCAGAACUUUAUAUAGCUCUUGUUAAAGGUUGAGUAGCUGGGAUAAUAAUGAAACAAAAAGAUGCAGCAGGACUCCAUUUCAAAGAGAUAGAGUGUGCGUGCCCAACUUCAGAGUAAGAAACCACUAGAGCUUUGUCAAGCAAGUUGGAGAUGGAGGGAGAUUAGUUCCUGUUCCAAGCCUCAGUGAAGCUGACAAAUAUCAACCUCUAAGUCUGGUGGUAAAAAAGAAGCGAUGCUUUCUGUUUCCUAGAUAUAAAUUUACUUCAACACCUUUUACACUGAAAGAUAUUCUCCUAGGAGACAGAGAAAUUUCAGCUGGUAAGUUUAAAUGUUUGGGAGUGCCAACUCAUUCAUCUGUAUUAUUGGCAACCUAAACAUAGGUCAUAUAUGCUACUUACAUUAGUGAUACACAUUUUCAAUGAUUAAAGCAACUUUUAUUAUGAUGGUAGUAUAAUAACAUUAUUAAGAUUAACAACGCCAAAAGUUUGUAUAAUAUCAAAUCUCUUAUUGGUCAAAUAAUUUUCAAAUCUAUCAAUUAUUUUAUAAAUUGUUUUAACCAAAUCAACUUAGAAUAUGGCAUAUUUCUUCAUCUAUAAAAUGGGAUAUUAUUUGGGCUUACCUGUGUUAUAUGGUCAAAUGAGAUGAAAAUAAUUUGUAUUUAUUUUUUACAAUUCAAUUAUUACAAUUGGUAAACUGAAAUGUAUUUGAAGGGUAGGUUAUAUAAUAAGCUGAUAUUUUAAUGAGUUACUGCUUAUAAACGCUUAUUUUUUCUUUUAAUUGCCCAGUGGAUCUUGAUGCUUAAGAAGUUCUGUUGGCUGAAUAGAAAAUUUGAGUUCCUUUUAAGAAUUCUGGUUAUGUGUUUCUUUUUGUUGUAAGAUUAAUUGAAUUACUACUUUAAAUCUUGGUGAGUCAUGUUGCCUUUCUCUAACAUUUGGGUAAUGGAGUCUUCAAUUGUAAAUUAACAUAUUACUAUAUAUAAUCUACAUGAGAUAAAGAUGUUUAAAAAAUACUGGGUUUCUUCUUAUAAAGGUAUUUCAUCUUAUCAAUUACUGAAUUAUGAAGAUGAAUCAGAUGUUUCACUCUAUGGAAGGCGAGGUAACCAUAUUGUAAAUGACGUUGGGAUUAACGUUGCUGGAUCAGAUUCCAUUGCAGUGAAAGCUUCAUUUGGUAUAGUAACCAAACAUGAAGUGGAAGUAUCAACAUUACUCAAAGAAAUUACUACACGAAAAAUUAACUUUGACCACAGCUUGAUACGUCAGUCAAGGAGCAGCAGAAAGGCAGUAUUGUGUGUGGUCAUGGAGAGCAUCCGAACCACACGACAGUGCUCACUGUCCGUGCAUGCUGGAAUUCGAGGGGAAGCAAUGCGGUUUCACUUUAUGGAUGAACAGAAUCCCAAGGGAAGGGACAAAGCUAUUGUUUUCCCAGCACAUACAACCAUAGCUUUCAGUGUUUUUGACCUCUUCAUAUACCUGGAUGGUGCCUUUGACCUUUGUGUCACUUCAGUGUCAAAAGGAGGAUUUGAAAGGGAAGAAACGGCAACAUUUGCACUGCUGUACAGGUUGAGAAAUAUCCUAUUUGAAAGAAAUAGAAGAGUGAUGGAUGUCAUUUCUCGUUCACAGCUUUACUUGGAUGAUCUUUUUUCUGACUACUAUGACAAACCUCUCAGCAUGACUGAUAUUUCACUCAAAGAAGGGACCCAUAUCCGAGUUAACUUACUUAAUCACAGCAUUCCCAAAGGGCCUUGCAUACUCUGUGGAAUGGGGAACUUCAAAAGGGAGACAGUUUAUGGGUGCUUUCAGUGUUCUGUUGAUGGUCAGAAAUAUGUGAGACUUCAUGCAGUUCCUUGUUUUGAUAUUUGGCACAAGAGGAUGAAAUAAAAUGAAAAAUGAA